AUGCUGCAGAGGCUUUGGUGGCAAGAUGUCGAGAUGGAAUCGGACGGAGCAGGCAGGACUUUUGUCGGAUCGUACAGUAGAUUGUUUUGUCCCGAGACAGGAACACGGCACGGAAAGCGUUCCUAG